AUGUCUAAUACAACAAGAGAUAGUAUAGGCAGUAGUUUCUUAGGCAGCUCUUUUGGUCAAAAAGUAGCGGGCUCUAUAGUUGAUAAAUCCGGGACCAAAUCAUGCUGCCCUUCUUUGACUUUAAAACAAAGAAUAAUUGGCUUUGGAGUAUGCACUGGAUUAGUCUCAGGCAAUAUAGCUAGAUUUGCUAUACCCUAUACCUUUGGAACUUUGCUCAGCUUAGCAGGAUCUUUUUUCCUUUCAGGUCCUUUAAACUAAUUAAAGAAGAUGUUUUUGAGAAAAAGAAUAAUUGUCACCUUAGUCUUUAUUGCUUCUAUAAUAAUGACAUUAGUCAGUGCAAUAGCUAUAAAAAAGCCAAUAUUGGUUAUCGUAUUUGUUAUUCUUCAGUAUGGCUCGUAUUUUUGGUAUUCUUUGAGUUAUAUUCCUUAUGGAAGAGAAAUUUUUUGCAAAUGCUUUAAAAGAAGAUCAGGAGGUAGUGCUUGA